AUGUUGGGUCCUCCGCCGCAACACCAGCAGCAAUACUCCCAAUACCACGGCCACCCUCCCCCGCAGGCCCAGUAUCCCUCGAACGGCGUCCAGCACGACGGCAGACCUCAACAUCCACAGCAGGCAAACGGCCAUCCCCACAGCGCAGACAUGCUUCCAUAUCAGCAGUACAGCGGAAGCUACGGCCAGCCUCAGCAAUAUCCCCAACCCCAAUCUCAAGCGCAGCACCUGCAGCAACAGCAGCAGCAGCCGCAGCAGCAGCAUCAAGCGCCGUACUCUCAACAGCAACAGCAACAGCAUCAGUCACAACAGCCACCACAAUCACAACCACAACCACAGCAACAGCAACAGCAACAGCAACAGCAACAGCAGCAGCAGCAGCAGCAGCAGCUGCACCAACAGCAGAUCCCGCAAGCUCAACGCUCUUACAUGCCGAAUCAAAAUCACAACCAGCUCCCACCGCUCGGCCCCGGCAUGAUGCCUGCUGUAGCUGAAUCACAGAGCUCACAAGCCACCAGCCCUGCCAAUGUAACUCAGGCUUCGCCGUACAUGCCAGGACCGCCGCAGGGAAUGCAUCAACAGCAGCCGCUAGCUCCACCGGUGGCGCGCGGAAGCGUGAGCGCUUCGAACAACACGCCAAAGGAGAAGAGAAUGAGCUCAAGCUCCGAGAGAGGCCCAUACCGGUACUCUCUGGAGGUCGUGCAGCAGCCGCAGCGGGCCCGCAUGUGUGGAUUUGGCGACAAAGAUCGCCGACCCAUCACUCCUCCACCUUGCGUUCGUCUAGUCAUCAGCGACAUCGCAACUGGUCGCGAGGUGCCCAUUAGCGAUAUAGAUUCGGACCCUUCGUUCUACCUACUGCAAUGCGAUCUGUGGGCAGAAAGUGCAGAUCGCGAGGCCAACGUCGUUCGCGCCUCGAGCAACUCUCCGGCAGUCAGCAUCAGUAGCGCUACGACGACUUCGUAUCCGCCACCGCAAGAGCCGGUGCCCCGGCACUUGCACGAACAGCAAGGCGUUUUCAUUGACGACCAGGGGCGUCCAGUGUACUCCAACGUAGCAGGCUUCGCCAUGGGCGUAGUCACUAGGCCCGGCAUGGUUCCACCGUACGGCAUGCAAGGCUAUCCUGCCAAUGGCGGGAUGUACUAUCCUCCACAAGGUGGACAGCAAAUGCCAUACAUGGCGCCGCAGCAGAACACCGCAAUGUAUACGCGCAACCUGAUUGGCAGUCUUACUGUGAAUGCUUCCAAGCUCACAGACGAUUCCGGCAAGGCCGGCUACUGGUUUGUCCUGCAGGACCUCAGUGUCCGAACCGAAGGCUUUUUCAGACUCCGCAUGAGCUUUGUCGAUAUCAGCGGCCCGACGUCCUCCGGCGGUGUUAUCAAGGGCGCCACGCCGGUUCUGGCGUGGACCUUUUCUGAUAAGUUCCAGGUAUACUCGGCGAAGAAAUUCCCCGGUGUCAUCGAGAGUACCGGCCUGAGCAAGGCAUUUGCGAGUCAAGGAAUCAAGAUCCCAAUUCGUAAGGACAACAAGAAUGAUGCACAAGAAGAGGACGAUGGCGAUUGA